AUGCUGCCCUCCACUGCCCGCCCCAGGCUGCGGCUGCGGCUGCGGCUGCUGCUGCUCGUCGCAGUCGCGGCGGCGAGCGCGGCCGGCGCGGCGAAGCGGGCGAGGCCCGCACCGAGUGGCGUGCUCGGCCUCCGCGUCGCGCUCAAUGUGUUCGCAUGGUGGGCGCUGAACGUCGUCUUCAAUCUGUGCAACAAGAUCUGCCUCAACACGUGGCCGCACCCGUGGGCGCUCGCGACGUCGUACUGGGCGAUCGGAUCGCUCUGCAUGCUCCCGCUCUACCUGCCGCUGCCUCGCGGCCCUCGCACCUCCUCCGGCCGCCGCUCGUGGCUCGCCGUGCGGCAGCUGCCUCGCCUCUCCUCGAAGGAGGUUGCCUCGCUGCUGCCGAUCGUGGCGCUCCUCUGCAUCGGACACGCGACGAGCACGCUCGCGCCUGCGUACGGCACGGUCGCCUUUGCCAACAUCAUCAAGACCGCCGAGCCGCUCUUCACCUGCGUCUUUUCUUACCUGCUCUACAAGCGAACCUUCUCGGCUCACACCUACGGCUCGCUGCUGCUCGUCGUGUGCGGCGUCGCACUCUUCUCCACCUCCGACCUCACCGGAGCCGGGGCCAGCAGACUCGCUAAGUCGACCGCGCCGCCGAUGCACGGCUGGAGGCUCGCGGCGCUUCUCGUCUUCACCGGUCUGAUGCAGUACCUCUCCAACGAGAUCGCCUUUUGCACCCUCUCCAUCAUCCACCCGGUGACCUACGCCGUCGCAAACACGCUCAAGCGCUCCAUCGUCGUCGCGGUCUCGCUGCUCGUGUUUGGGAACCGGCUGCCGCCCCUCGGCCUCGCGGGGGCCGCCAUGGCCAUCAUCGGCGCCUUCUUCUACUCGCUGUCGAUGCACGCGCAGCACGCCGCCGCCACGCCGCCGAGCACGCCCCGAAGAAGCGACGCAGACGCAGAGGCGCAGGAGGACUGCUAA